GUCAAUGCCUACUCGUAUCCCUAUCAUAUACGGAGCAGCUGGGUUCGGUGCACCCGGAACGAAAGCCAAGGUCACAGACCUCGCAGACGCUCAAAAGUUCGUCGACCUCCUCGUAAGUGCGGGCCACAAGCAAUUCGACACGUCCCGCUUUUAUGGGGGUGGAAAAUCCGAAGAGCUUCUGGGGAAGCUGAAUCUAGAGGGCGCAGAGCUUGAUACGAAAAUUCUUCCUGUGCAGCCAGGUGAUCACCGCCCGGAGCGUCUCAAAGAGUUUGUGGCAGAAUCUAUCAAAGCGCUCAAUGGGAAGAAGAUCCGUACGCUUUACCUUCAUGCCCCAGACAGGACCACUCCGUUCGAGGAGACUGCUCGUGGGAUGGAUGAGAUAUACAAGGCUGGUAUCUUCGAGAAUCUUGGACUCAGCAACUAUACUGCCUUUGAAGUGGCGGAAUUUGUUACAAUCUGUAGGUUGAAGGGAUACGUGCAGCCGACCGUUUAUCAAGGGCUCUACAACUGCUUCGAGAGGACGAAUGAGCUCGAAUUGUUCCCCGCAUUGCGGAAGUACGGAAUCCGAUUUGCCGCCUAUUCACCUCUUGCUGGCGGUUUCUUGGCCGGGGUCACCCUCAAGGAUCAAGAAACGCUCUCCAACAGCCGCUUCGACCCUAAGAGUCCUUCCGCCUGGCGAUUUGCUGGUCGAUUUGCACAUGCAGACUCCGCGCUGAGGGAAGUCAAGGCUGUCACGGACAAGCACGGCUUGACGCUAGAGGAGACCGCUAUUCGUUGGCUUAUGCAUCACAGCCAGAUGCAGGAGUCGGACUAUGGUAUCAUUUUUGGUGGGAGUCAGAUCUCCCAGCUUCAGACUGCCCUCGCGGAAUCGGAGAAAGGGCCGUUGCCGGAGGAAGUCGUCACUGCGUUAGAAGAAGCGUGGAUCAAGACCCAAGGAAGAUUGACGCCGUACUGGAAGUAGUCCGUAGUCCACAGGACAUAGCUCGCGACGCGCAGGAUCAAACAGUGGGGGGUCAGGUGGCGGCCGUGGUUUGAGCACUGGUAUAGCGCCGAUGACAAGUUCAUCAUGAAGAGGCUUCGUGGCAUGAAUUGACCUACUCUGAAUGAAUGACUAAAUCUCAAAUAUUUGCCCG